CUUCUCUUGUCAUCGUCUGAGUCAACCAGAUUCAUUACUUAGCUUAGUAUUGCUCGCUCAGGUCAUCAACAGCAAAGCUAUACGUAGAACAAAUCGUAUCAUACUCGUAUAGGUUUCCUAUCCGUAUGGGUGUCGUCCCCUCUUGACUCUCUGAGAUUCUUCUAUCUAUUUUUAUAUUGGAGUCUCCUAGGGUAGAUCCUUCUCUCUCUUCCUCCCACAGGUUCAAACGGUUACUGAGCAGUGAGCUUGCAGAAAGCUCUUUACCUGUAUUUCAAGGAACUUCAGGAUCUACAAUGAGUUUAGCAUGUCUUGUGUGCCAUAGUGUAGAUAGUCCAUCUCAAUCUUUUAGGAGUUACUCUGUUUCAAGUUCAGACAAUGAAGGCCGCUGCUCUGGGAUUGUUAACUGUUUGGCAAGGAAAGCAUCUCUCCACUCAGAGACUCCAAACGGCAUGAUCACAUCAUCCAAGGUGACCCCACAUCCAAUUAUGGCCAAUGGUCAAGUAAUCACAGGGUCACCACGCCUGGUCCGGAGCUGUGCUGUUAGAAGAGACCUUGUGAGGGACUGGAAUUUUGAUGAAGUAGUGAUGGAGCGCUAGCAUACAACAUUGACAAUAUAGAAGAGCUGAGAGCUCCUUUUGUUAGAGACUGGUUAAAUAUUGCUAAAGCUCUGAAUUCACUCUCUUUGAGUUCACUCUGUAUUUGUACAUAUUACAUUUCACCCAAUCAACCUUGCCUUAGAUUUGUCUUUAUUUUGCUUGGACACAGUGCGUUAUCCUUGAUGAAACUGUACAGACACUGAUGACUGGAACGGUUCCCAUUAGGUUUUUCUUCCUUGUGUUUUUGCCAGUGAAAAUUUUCUUUGUUUCGGAUUCA